AUGAAUGACGAUAUAAAACAAAUUCAAGGUAUUAAACGACCUUAUGACGUAACUCCAUCGGCUAGUGCUGGUUAUCAGCCAGUAGCAAAAAAGAAAAAGGGCGUACCUAUUGUUGGUACAACUCUUCGAGAAUUAAUUCAUACAAGUGCUAAAUUAGAGUCGACAACUAUCGAUGGUCGCAGUCGGAAUUGUCCGUAUUUGGAUACAAUUAAUCGGAGUUUACUCGAUUUUGAUUUUGAAAAGCUUUGUUCAAUAACACUAUCAAACAAUAAUGUCUAUGCAUGUUUAGUUUGUGGCAAAUAUUUUCAAGGUCGUGGACAAAAAUCUUGUGCUUAUACACAUAGUGUUGAAGGAGAACAUCAUGUAUUUAUUAAUCUUCAUUCACUUCAAUUUUUCUGUUUACCCGAUAAUUAUGAAAUCAUAGAUUCAUCGUUAGACGAUAUAAAAUAUGUACUGAAUCCAACUUAUUCAAAAGACCAAAUAGAACAAUUAGAUAAAAAUGAAAAAAUGGUUCGUGCUUACGAUGGAACUUUAUAUUUACCAGGCAUUGUUGGUUUAAAUAAUAUUAAAGCCAAUGAUUAUUGCAACGUCAUCUUACAAGCUUUAGUUAAUGUGGGUCCACUGCGCGAUUAUUUUCUUCAAGAAGAUAAUUAUGCUGACAUACGUGUAGCACCGGGUGAUAUAAUGAUAAAUUUAGUGAAACGUUUUGGUGAAUUAGUUCGUAAAUUAUGGAAUCCAAGAAAUUUCAAAGCCCAUGUAUCACCACAUGAAAUGUUACAAGCUGUUGUUAAAUGUAGUAAAAAACGUUUUCAAAUAACACAACAAGGUGAUCCUGUGGAAUUUCUUGCGUGGUUUCUCAAUAGUCUUCAUUUAACAUUAAAUGGUACGAAAAAGUCCAAUAGUAGUAUUGUUUAUAAGGCAUUUCAAGGAAAAAUGAAAAUUUAUACACGAAAAAUUCCACCGAUUGAUUUGAGUGAAGAUGAAAAACGAAAACUAUUAGCAAUCGAAGAAUAUAGAGAAUAUGAUGAAGAAACUCCAUAUUUAUUUUUGUCUGUUGAUAUUCCGCCACCACCAUUAUUUCGGGAUGAAUUUAAAGAAAGUAUUAUACCACAAGUACCACUUUUUCAAAUUUUAACAAAAUUCGAUGGACAAACCGCACAAGAACAUAAAACAUAUAAAGAUAAUUUUCUCAAACGUUAUGAAAUAAGAAAACUACCACCUUAUCUUAUUCUAUGCUUUCGACGUUUUACAAAGAACACAUUCUAUCUAGAAAAAAAUCCAACUAUUGUCAAUUUUCCAAUCAAAAACGUGGAUCUUCGAGAACUAUUACCUGAAUAUCGUAUUGAACCAUCGGCAAUAGCGGAAAGCUCAUCAACAACUUAUGAUCUCAUUUCUAAUGUUGUUCACGAUGGAGAACCUGGGAAAGGUACCUAUCGUGUUCACGUUUUACAUAAGGGUUCAGGUACAUGGUAUGAAUUACAAGAUUUACAUGUCGUCGAUGUUUUACCUCAGAUGAUAACACUCUCCGAAUCGUAUUUACAAAUUUGGGAGCGUCGAGAUGUUAGCGAAUUAUUUAAAAAAGUUUAA